AUGGCGGAUCUCGCCGCCCGCCUCACCAAGCUACUAGCGGACAAAAACAGCAAAAGCAAUCUUGUCUUCUCGCCGCUCUCCAUCUAUGCUGUCCUUGCGCUCCUUGCGGCCGGCGCCGGCGGGACCACCCUGGAGGAGGUCCUCCGCGUCUUAGGCGCGCGGUCGCGCCGCGAGCUAGAGGAUUCCGUGGCACGUCUCCGGGACGGCCCGCUCAGGGACACAUCGGCGUUCGACGGGCCAAGAGUGGCGUUUGCGUACGGCGCGUGGAGCGACCUGACGCGGCCGAUGAAGCCGGCCUACCGCGACGCCGUCAUCGGCACGUACAAAGCCGAGGCCAGCGUCGUGGACUUCCUGAACAACCCAGAGCAAGCAGCGGGGCAGAUCAACGCGUGGGCUGCGGAGGCCACGAGGAAUCUCAUCAUGUCCGCCGUUUUUCCAGGAUCUCUGCACCCGGACACCAAGCUCGUGCUCGCCAACGCCAUCUACUUCAAGGGAAACUGGAAAGUACCGUUCUACGAGAGCCACACCGAGAACAGGCCCUUCCACCGGCUCGACGGUACUGCCAUCGACGUCCCGUUCAUGACCAGCUACUCCGACAGCCACUACAUCGCGGAGCAUGAAGGAUUCAAGGUGCUCAAACUAUGCUACAAGAACUCGCCCUACACCAACACCGUGUACCACCACUGCAUGUGCAUCUUCCUCCCGGACGCUCGGGAUGGCCUGGGGAGCCUACUGGACAAGGUAACCUCGUCCCCAGGUUUCCUACGCGAGCAUCUGCCAGAGAGCAGGGUCAAGGUCGGCAACUUGAGGGUGCCCAAGUUCGAGCUCUCCUUCCAGAGCAGCGUCACCGAUGUCCUCAAAGAUCUGGGGCUGCGUCUACCUUUCACUCCAGAGGCUGACCUCUCUGAGAUGCUUGAGGACGAUAGCACCAGUUUGCCGCUCCACGUGCAGGACGUCUUCCAGAAUGCUGUCGUCGAGGUCAACGAGGAAGGAACAGACACUGCGUCACAUACCCAGAUUGCCGGCACAAAAAAGUGCCGGCAAAGGCACCAAAAGUGCCGGCAAAGAUUUUUCAAGGCACACAAAAAAAAGUGCUGCGUUUAUUCUAGUCGAGGUAGGUCUUUGCCGGCAUUUUUAGAAAAGUGCCGUUAA